AUGGCUCCCCGGAUUCGCCACUCGGCUUCCUCGCGCUCGCAUACGCAUACGCCGACGAACCAGCGCUCGCUUGCGGGUUCGAUCCACUCGAAUAUGGAUAUGGAUGAUGAUGUUGUUGGGCAUGUUGAUGAGGAGAUUUGGGGGGAGGGUGGGUGGGAUAAGCAGGAUCGGCAGGCGAUUGAGGAUGCGGAGGGGUUUGUUGGGAUUUCGAAGACUGUUAGUGUGCAUCCGGGACAUGGGGGUGGAGGGCAUGCGUAUGAGGUGCCCUCGGGGUCUGGGACGGCGUCGGGGAGGGGGAGUGGUGGUAUGGGUGGAGGCGGAGGAGGGUCGAUGACGGGUGAGGGGUUGGUUUCGGCCACGUCCCCUCUGAGUGUUGUGACUCCUCUUCCGAAAUCACAGGCGGAAAUUGGGAUGGAAACAUUCGAGGUUGAGUCUGAGGGAGUUGAAGUCGUGUAUACGCGGGUUUGGGGCGUCUGUGGAAGACUGGGAUUCAGAAGACCGAGCGUCACUCCCAAGGUUCGAAGGUUCGUAGGUUCCGUCACGGUUCUUCGCGAAAGCCAGAUUUUGCUGUACCAGCACGGAGCGCAGGAAACCACCCCUGAGACCGCUGCAACGCUCACCCCAGCGCAAGAGCGCAAGAUCGGGCACAUCAAGUGCAACACCUGUCGCGCUGCCAUGCUGCAGCGGAAGAUGCCAACAUGCCAUUCCCCGUCCUAUCGCGGUCUAGCGACUUGGAAACCACUUCCAGCCGACUACAAGAACGCCGACUGCCAUUUCCUGUACGGGUUCCCUUUGCGGAAGGAUAGAGUGGAGAAGGUCAGGCGGAAGUUGGGGCUUCCGACGCUGCACGAUUGGGAGCUUGGGGCUUCGAGGCUUGGGUACAAGCUCGAACAGAUCACGAGGUUGAUGUAUCCUAUCUGUUUUUAUCGUGUUAGGGCCGAUGAGCAGAGCGUGCGGGAGGGUAUGGCAGACCCGGAGCCGGAGGACUCGGAGCGGGGUGCAGGUGGUGUUGGUGCGGUUAGCGCCCGUGUGAGGACUGUGCCGAUUCUUGUCAUUGGGUGUACGAAAUCACGCAAGUAUUAUCAUCGACGGCCGACGCCUGAGCAGAUGAAGACUUUGGAGAGGUACCUUGGAGAGGCUCGGUGGUUCCGGUCACGGGAAUCUAAAGCCGAGUUUUCGACUUGGUUUAUUGAUGAAACUCCUCCCGCCUGCAGUUAA